AUGGAGACUCGCAUCAAGACAUCCCACGCCUGGCUUGCUCUUACAGUUGUGUUGAGUUUUGCGACUGUGACCGCUCUACGAAAAGAUGCAAAAGUACGUCAUGAAUCAUAUGUGUGUGAAUCAGGCUGGUACAGUAACAAUGACAUUUCAUGUGACUAUGCUAUAUGCAAUCGUCUGACAAAUUUAACUGGAGCUUGUAAUGCUCGCAUAGCCAAUUCGCACAUCAUCUAUGAUGGUAUCAUCCAGUACUAUCCAGAAGGCUCCUGUAACAGACCAGACAGCUGUACAUGCACAAAGGCAGGAUUUUACAGCGGAGGACCAGUUUGUUUAAUGUGUACAGCCAUUACAAACUGCGACAUAGAGACUUGCACCACCAGUACAAACCAGAUAUGCUCCAAGUGUGAAGGUACAGUACUUGACCAGGUGGGCUAUCGAGCCUAUGCUCCAUCUUCUGACAGGAGGGCAUGUAAUAAGGCAUGUUCAUGGCGCUCUGACAGUACACGCUGUUACCCAGGCAGCUGCUCCACAGAACGAUCUAGCAGCUGCAACUGUUCAUCUGGCUUUGGAGGAAUCCAUUGUCAAAACAUUGUGUCUCAAGCUGACAUCGUCUACAAUGAGCUAAAGCUAACUGCUGUAGAUGGUUCUAUUGCGACUGCACCAUUAGAUAUAAAUUCAGGACCAUCUGCUGCUCAGAAUGAAGUCUGGACAAAUAUUGUAGCUCCUGCAAACAUCUUCUACCAAUGGGAUGGCCAGUUUCGUCCAACCUUACCUAUCUACCAUGCUUACAUCCCAGAAGCUAAGGUUGGAGUCACUGGAGGAAAGACACAACUGAUCUUAAACAGGGGUACAACACGUCAGGUUUAUGAACGCACUUGUAAUGGCUCUAGUCGAGAUGAACCCAACCGAGCAAUGUUUACCUGUAGUGCAACCAUGCAGCCAGCGGAGUAUUCUGGCUCUCUUACAGUGCCUUUUCAACAUGGUGACUGGCUGGAAUUUUCCAUCCAUGCAGAUGUGGGAGGGUUUGUCAAGGUUGAAAACAAAGAAAAAAAAAUCAUAGAAACACAUUAUCUCAAUGGUAAUACCAAAACCCAUCAAUUCCAGGUUCAUUUCGACACCAUUGUUUCAUACCACUGCAAAGUAACAUCUGGAUGUGUAGACUCCAUGUUAACAGUCGAAGAUAUUUCAAAAUCUAGCACACAAAAUAUUCUGUGGAGUGGCUGGAAAGAUGAUGAUUCUGGAGUACACCAGAUGAUAUACCAGGUGUAUGAGCUGGAUUAUAUAGGAAGUGCACUCCAGCACAAAACUCUGACUACUAAAGGCGCUGUCAACAGUACUGGAUCUGGAAGUACCAGCUUUUCUGUAACAAGCCCUGGAAUGUAUGCCAUUGUCCUGUCUGCACUGGACAGAGCUGGAAACCAUAAAUCUUGCCGGAGACUUUUUCUUUACGAUUCGUCUUCCCAGAUCAGUGUCACAGCCUCCUCAGUUUUGCGUGUGACCUCUGCAGCACAGGUCACAUCCUUCACCUGGCAGCACAGUGAGGGAGAUGUAACUCUGUCAUGGGUGGAGAGGUACACCAAUGUAUUCCACAACAACCACAAUCUUCUGGCAGCUGUUGCAUCAGAAUCUGGAGUAGAGAGUGCAUAUGAUGACUCAGAAGGAAACAGGACUGUAGCAGCCAUUCAAAACACUUUAGGUAUUGUAAAAUUUACAACUGCUUGGGGAGUAGAUGCAGAAGGAGGGACAACUCAGAGGACACCACCUAAUACUGCAUUUACUCAGGAACCAGGGCUGGCCAUGACAAAAACAAUAAAGGCAAAUGUUGUGGAUGGCCAAAGUCUGACAUUCUGGGUGAGAGCAUUUGACAUCCGAGAGGACUACUAUGAAGAGAAUCUGACAGUACAUGUGGACAGCUCGCCUCCAGUGAUCACAAAUCUGUGGCUGACCAAGGACAACUUUGAGAACAUCAGUGUCCAUGGUCUUGAGGAGCUCAAUGCAAUGACAAUAGAAUGGGUGGCUUAUGAUGACCACAGUGGGCUGUAUAGUGUCCAAUGGCAGCUAGUGGACAACUACAAUGGUCAGAACAUUGUGCAUGGAAUAGAAAAUGUAUCACCACAAGGAGAGACUAAUACCCUUCAACAAUGUCAGACACGCUAUGGAAGUUAUGCUCGUGGUGCAAACUGUUACUGCACGGGGCCUGUUGGCUGCUAUCAUCGGCAUUUUCAAGUGAAGCCUGUCAUUGUGGACGUCAGUCUUGGGCAUGGUGGCCUUUUCAGCAAUGGCAGUGUUGGUGUUCAUGAUUAUGACUACUAUAUUGAGGUCACAGUUGUCAAUCACGCCAAGCUUUCCACCACCAUCAGGAAGCAGAUAACAUUAGAUGCAAGUCCUCCACAUCCAGGUGUUGUGAAUGAUGGAAUACCAGAUUCCCCAGAAGUGGACUAUCAGUACAGCAGGACACUACAUGCAUACUGGUCAGAUUUCUUUGACAGAGAGAGUGGGAUCAAGUUCUACCAGUAUGCAUUUCACACCUCAUGUCUCAACAGCAGUGUGUUUGGACACAACACACAAGACAGCAGAAUUGUCAUGACGUAUGAAACCACAGCAACAUGGAGUGCUCCAGCUGAUGGAACCUUCUACAUCACAGUUGUGGCUUUCAACAGUGCCAUUGAACCCAGCUCACCUGUGUGUUCAGAUGGUGUUACUGUUGACCAGACUAGCCCAAAAAUGUCUCGUGUUUAUGUGGCUGGGGCUUACAUUGCACCUGGCUUAAUCCGAGCAUCAGACAAUCACACAUGGCUGGUGACGUCUGACCGCACGAUAAGGCUUGUGGAAAACCCAGACCAGGCGUGCAUCAAUAAGGCUACGCCUGGAUUGAGCGUGGACUUUUUUCCUCUGAGUUCUAAAAAGUCUUCCAUCCAAGCAUCUGAAGCCUGUCAGUAUCAGGGUUUUGAGAAAAGGUUUACUCAAACAUUCUACCUCGGUAGAGAUCACCAACUAUACAUGAAUUGGUCUGCAUAUGACAAUGAAAGUGGCAUCUAUGACUAUGCAGUGGGUCUGGCUUCAACAAAGAAUUAUGGAGACGCUCCUGACAUUUCUUCUUUUACCAGCACACACCACCACAACUUUUAUCAGAAUAACCAUCCAUCACUUCCAGUUGGAGCUCCAUUUUACAUUUUCAUCAAAGCCAAAAACAAAGCUGGAAAUGAGUCUUAUAUAGAACUGGGUCCUGUAGUUUUAUUGCGAUCUUCAGCCUCAUACUUGGGAACAGUAAAUCUAACUUUGGAAGAAGAUAUUUUGAUUGUCCGCUGGGAUGUAGAGAAAUUCACAGGCCCGGAGAAACAGCACCUUAAGUUUUAUGUUUUCUUGGAGGAGCUAACAAGGGGCACAUCAUUGUACCCAAAGUCUCGUGCACGUACUUCAGGUAGCUGCAUCCAGUCUAAUCCACAGUCAUGUGCUGCCUUCAACAUCUCAGAGCUUCAUUGGGGGCUUCAUCAACAACAUGCAUACAUUGCAAAAGUUCAGGUCACAAACAUUGUAGGCCUUGACCUCAUGUUGACCUCUGAACCCUACGUACAUGACACUCGGUUGGCAGCAAGAGGGACUGUCUUUGAUAUCGUGCCGAGUGGAGAAGAAACUAUUCUGUUUGCUCCAAGAUCAGAGGACACAGAUUUUCAACUAUCCAAGACUACCUAUGAGGCUCGCUGGUCAGGCUUUGACAGUGGAAUACAGCAGAUCACUUAUAAAGUUGGACUGGGCACUAAACAAGGAUCAGAUGAUGUGGCAGCCUUUGUUAUGAUUGGGACAGUUACUGCAUAUGUGUUCACAGGCCUUAACCUACAAGCAAACAAGCAAUAUUUUUGUACAGUUGUUGCUGUGACAAAUGGAGGACAGGUUGCUGUAUCAAGUGAUGGUGUGCUUGUUGUUGAAGCAGAUGAGGAAGUUAACAUCAAGAUACUGGAUGGUCCAGGGUGUAGUAACAGUAAUGCAACACUGUCAUGGUCACCAGAGCAACAUGAGGAUAGACCUCUAAUACCCUGUGAAGAUGAUGCAAGCUUUCAGUUGUCACGAAAUAUGUUGUGGGCUCACUGGACUCUAACAAUGCAGCAGAAAUUGAGGUUUCCAGAUGUUCAGUGGAAAAUCCAGAAGACUGUUCCUGGCAUUGAAUCGUGGACUGACACCACAGAAUACCAGUUCUCCACUCGAACGUAUGCUGUUGUUGCUGAAGGAUUGGCACUACAGCCUGGCAAUAAAUAUCGAGUUGCCAUCAAGUUCUGUGUUGGAAAUCUGUGCAGCAAGCCAGCUUACAGUUCUGGUGUUAUUAUUGUCUCUGGUCCUGCUCGUACAGGCUCCAUUUCAGUCACCUAUGUGGAAGGCCUGCAAGGCAAUGAUAGUUCCCUGGAAAUAAGAAUGGAAAACUUUCGAGAUCCAGACAUCAGUGACCUGACUGCAGCACAGUCUGUAAUGCAUUCCUACCAGUGGUCUCUGACUGACAACAGCCAUGACUCUCAUUUACUUCAGGCCUGGAAGACAGUUCCUAAACUUCACAUUUUAAAUGCUUCACAUGUAAGAUUAGUAGUAUGA